GAGUCCCUCAGACCCGAUGCUUGAAGGAGCGUGAUAAACGAAAGUUAAUUUCUCUGACCCGGCAGUUUAAACUGGGCGUUCCGACAUCAGGAGGGACACAAAAAUAGUGGCUCAAAUAGUAACUUUACUAACUAGCGACAUUUUUUAUGGCGCACCAUCGAGCUCCAGACCCCAAGAGGGAACAGUUUCGGAGAUACUUGGAGAGAGCUGGAGUUAUUGACAGUCUUACUAGUGUCCUAGUGUCUUUGUAUGAAGAACGAGAAAAGCCCAGCAAUGCUCUAGAAUUCGUCAAGCAGCACCUCAACGCUGUUGGCCACACUUCAGCAGACACAGAGGCGCUGCAGCAGGAGGUGACUGAGCUUAGGAAAAGGUGUACACGUCUGGAAGAGGAAAACAAAGACCUCAAAGCAAGGCUUCAGCUUUGUGAACCUGUAUCAAAAGAUGGAAGCACAGCCAACUAGACCACAACAGCACUUUGGUUUCAUAAAUGUAUUAUUUUUGUAUUUUGUACUAUUGUUUAUGUUGCUGUCAAGCUGCAUUUAAAGACAGGACCACGCUGUUAAGGGAGAGGCUAUGUUUUUUAUGUAGCUGUGCUGUUUUGUCUUUUUAUUUUGUAAAUAUCAGCAUGUACAUUGUCUCUUAGAAUAUAUCUUAUUCUGUACAUUGAUAUAUAUAUAUAUAUAUAUAUAUAUAUAUAUAUAUAUAUAUAUAUAUAUAUAUAUAUAUAUAUAUAUAUAUAUAUAUAUAUAUAUAUAUAUAUAUAUAUAUAUGUUAUGUUUUUCUGGUUAAUUCAAUCUUCCACAGAAAGGGUCCUCCCACAUGACAGGACAAGCUUGUUCUUAAGAAACAGAACUUUUUUUAAGGCUCUGUGUGAGAUGGAGAAGCUCCAUGUCUGAUUACAUGACUGAUUUUAUUUUUUCUGGCCUCCUUUGAAUACACCCUCUGCUGAUUGUGCAUGUGACAAAGACAUGACUUAUUCAGAUAUCUGGUUUAAGUGCAAAGUUGUUAAAAAAAGAGGAGGAAGGUAAAAUAUAAUUCAGUCUUGUAAAUAUUGUGGUAUCGCUUAUUAAACUAAUGUGUUAACAGCAGCA